GGUCCGGGCCGCAGGACGCGGCGCCUGGGGGAGCGGAGCGGCGUCUCCGCCGGGCCCAUGCAAGAGGGUGAGCGGGCUCCCCGGGUCCCACUGCCUCGGAGGGGUCCCCUCCUCGCCCGGUCCCCUCUAGCGCCGUCGCAGACCCCCUGCCGGGGCCCCUGAACCCUUCCUGCCUGGGCAGGCUCAGUGCGGUGAGGAUCUAGAAAAGUCUUCCUGUACCAGUCCUGGUCUGCCCUGGGGCCUGGGUGAUGACCCCCACGCCCGAGGGCACUCGGACUCCUGGCUGGACAUUUCAAGGCAGGCACAGCUGGGAAUCCCAGCAGCCCCACUCAGAGGAACUCUGCCCCAGGGUGGGUGGAACACCCGAGUGGAAAACAGAUUUCGGGGCAGAACUGCAGGGAUGGGCAGGGUGAGAGUAUGGCAUGAGGUCGGGGUUGCCUGUCCCAAACCCUUCCUGGUUCCUCAGGGAAUGUGGGGGGACAAGGGAAAGGGAGAGAGUGACUUGCCCCAGCCAGCCCACCUCUGGGGCUGCCUCCCUCCUCCCCUAGCCAGCCACAGGGUUGAGGGUUCCUCAGUCCCAAGGUCAAGCUUGCCCUUGGUGCUCUCUGCUGGGCAGGAGCCCUUCUGCUGCCGUCCUGGGCCCUGGGCUCCAGCUCAGGAGCCUGCUUGAUACGGGAUCUGGGGAGGGAGGGGUCCCCAGGGCCUGCCUCAUUUCCAGCCCUGGGCUCUGUCACCAUGGGAGGAGAGCAGGGAAGAGAAAGAGGGAGUCCCCUCGACUGUAGACACCAGGCCCCUGGCCCCAGACCCCUGCGUCAGCUCUCCCCUGUGACUAGGCCUUCCAGCUCCAGUAACAAAGAAAGGAUUCCCAGGGCCUAUCAGAUGAGGCACCCUGAAAAUGUAGGCUGGGCUUCCGUGAGAUGGGAGGAGGACCAGAAAUAUGAUUUAAAUUUCACCCUGCUCACACACCCAGCUUGAUGGCACUUGGCUAUGAAGCUGGUCUCAUUGGGCCUAAGGGUCUCUGAGAGCUGAGCCUGGAAGUGAGAGUGAAGCAUCUUGCACUAUGUCCCUCCUUGCCCAAAGUACACACCAGGCAGUGACCAUGACUCAUGGUUCCCAGUACAAAGAAAAGACCACUUCCCACGUGGGGCAGAGGCCAAGUCAGAGCCCCAGCCCCUUCGCCUCUCUGCUCUGCUUGAGUCUGGAAUGGACCUGCCUGCCUGGAAGCUGCAUUGCCCUUGGUCCUGGGCCUGCCCGCCCCCUGGGGAACACAGGCAGUGGUCACAGUGGCAGUGAAGCCGUGGCAGCAUCAGCAGCAGAGGAUGCCCCAGGCCCUGGAGCGUGCAGAUGGCAGCUGGGCCUGGGUGGUGCUUCUGGCCACCGUGGUGAGCCAGGGCCUCACCCUGGGCUUCCCCACAUGUAUUGGCAUCUUCUUCACUGAACUGCAGUGGGAGUUCCAGGCCAGCAACAGCGAGACCUCUUGGUUCCCCUCCAUCCUCACGGCUGUGGUCCACAUGGCAGGGCCCCUGUGCAGCAUCCUGGUGGUACGCUUCGGCUGCCGAGUGACUGCGAUGCUGGGAGGCGUGCUGGCCAGUCUGGGCAUGGUGGCUGGCUCCUUCUCCCGCAGCCUCAGCCAGCUCUACUUCACAGCAGGAUUCAUCACAGGCCUGGGCAUGUGCUUCAGCUUCCAGUCGAGCAUCACGGUGCUGGGCUUCUACUUUGUCCGCCGGCGGGUGCUGGCCAACGCACUGGCCUCUAUGGGCGUCUCCCUGGGCAUCACGCUCUGGCCGCUGCUCUCCCGCUACCUCCUGGAGGAUCUGGGCUGGAGGGGUACCUUCCUUGUCUUUGGUGGGGUCUUUCUCCACUGCUGCAUCUGCGGGGCCGUCAUGAGGCCUGUGGCCACCAGCAUAGCCCCUGAGACCAAAGAAUGUCCCCCGCCACCUCCCAAGACACCUGCGCUCGGCUGCCUGGCUGCCUGUGGCCAGACCAUCCAGCGCCACCUGGCCUUCGACAUCCUGCGGCACAACACAGGCUACCGCGUGUACACACUGGGCGUGAUGUGGUCAAUCCUGGGCUUCCCACUGCCACAUGUCUUCCUGGUGCCAUAUGCCAUGCGGCACAGAGUGGACGAGCAGCAGGCAGCCCUCCUCAUCUCCAUCAUUGGCUUCAGCAACAUCUUCCUGCGGCCCCUAGCUGGGCUGGUGGCAGGACGGCGGGCCUUUGCCAGCCACCGCAAGUACCUGUUCAGCCUGGCGGUCCUGCUCAACGGGCUCACUAAUCUGGUGUGCGCGGCAUCAGCCGACUUCUGGGUGCUUGUGGGCUACUGCCUGGUGUACAGCGUGUCCAUGAGUGGUAUCGGCGCCCUCAUCUUCCAGGUCCUCAUGGACAUCGUCCCCAUGGAUCGUUUCCCCAGCGCCCUGGGACUCUUCACUGUCCUGGAAGGUCUUGCUUUCCUCAUCUCCCCGCCACUGGCAGGGCUCCUCCUGGACAGCACCAACAGCUUCAGCUAUGUUUUCUACAUGUCCAGCUUCUUCCUCAUCUCGGCUGCCCUCUUCAUGGGCAGUAGCUUCUAUUCCCUGCAGAAGAAGGAGCGGCAAGGCAAGCAGGCUGUCGCGACGGAUGCCUUGGAGCAGGAUCUUUUUUUGGAAGGCAAAGACGGUUCUGGGAAGCAACCAUGCCCUGAGAUCAUGUAUGUGACCAGCGUCUAAGACCUAGGGGUCACCUAUGUGACCAAUGUCUGAGUCCUGAGGUUACUGAGUGAACAGUCUCAGCCCAGGAGGUGGACCUCCAGCUCCUUGACCAGGGGAUCUGGUGAAGAGCAGCCCAGGAAGCUCGGGCUGUCAAGGCUCUGCAAGCUGGGCCUCUACCAGGAGCUGGGACCUUGGAGCCUGGCCUCUGAAGACGCCCUGAGGGACCAUUUUCUUUUUUUCUUUCUUUGAGAUGGAGUCUUGUUCUGUCACCCA